CCUCUGCUCUGCAUUAGUUCGCUGCUUCCACUCCGCUAACUCGCAACCUCCGUUGAAAGUUAACAGCCACUUUGCUUCGCAGCUCAACGCAGGAUUUCUCACCGCUGCUGAGCUGCACCACGAAGAUUUCAAUAAAGACUAACAGCGGAGUGGACAGUAAAGGCAGGCAGUUAGUGCAGAAGCAGGCACCAUGUCCACCCCCACAAACCCAGAGGUGAAGGAACUGAGCCCUGUCGACUUUAUCCAGCUACAGCAGUACAUUGAAUAUUGCAGCUUGAAGGUGAAAGAUGUGCUGAGGGAAUUUGAUGCAGAUGGCAGACUGGCCCGGCACAGGCAUGGAGAGUGUAUCAAUGAAGAAGGCUUUCGUCUGUUCCUGAAGACUUAUUUAGAAGUGGAGGACUUCCCUGUGGAUCUCUGCCAGCGACUCUUCCGCUCCUUCCAAAACUCUGAACCCACCCAGGAAGACAGUGCCAAGGAGGUCUUUCUGAAGGAUGUUUCAUGUUACUUCUCUCUGCUUGAGGACGGCCAGCCCAGGGACAAGCUGGAGUUUGCUUUCAAGCUCUAUGACAGAGAUGGCAACGGAGUCCUCGACAGCUCUGAAGUGGAUAGGAUUAUCGCUCAGAUGAUGCAUGCUGCAGAAUACCUCGGAUGGGAUGUGUCAGAACUGAGGCCGGUGCUGAAGGAUAUGAUGACAGCAAUUGAUGCUGACAGCAGCGGCACAGUGUCUCUGGAGGAGUGGGUGGAGGGAGGGAUGAACAACAUUCCCUUGCUGGUCUUGUUGGGUCUGAAGAUGACCCAGAAGGACGGGCAGCAUCUUUGGAGGAUGAAACAUUUCAACAAGCCUGUUUAUUGCAACGUGUGCCAGAGCAUGCUGCUGGGUCUGCGGAAGCAGGGACUGUGCUGCACCUGCUGCAAAUACACAGUCCACGGGCGCUGUGCCAACAGGAACCCGGCCCCCUGCACCAGGACGUAUGUGAAGUCAAAGAAAGAAACAGGGGUUCCAGCACAUGACUGGGUGAAUGGGAACUGUGACUCUAGGAAGUGUGAUAAAUGCCAGAAGAAGAUCAAGAGCUACCAAGGCUUAACGGGAAAACACUGUGUGUGGUGCCACACGAUGCGUCAUGAUGAAUGUGCAGCCCAAGAGCCAACAGAGUGUACCUGUGGGCUGCUCAGAGACCAUAUUCUGCCUCCAUGGGCAAUAUAUCCUGUUAUAAAGGAGAGACCAAACAAUGUAAAGAAUGGCUGCUCAGCCGAUGACAGCGAGCUCAAUACCACUCCUGAUGGACAAGUGCUUCAGAUCAGCGCUGUGCCAAACACCCAUCCUCUUCUAGUGUUUGUCAACCCUAAAAGCGGUGGCAAGCAGGGAGAAAAAGUCCUGCAUAAAUUUCAGUAUUUACUGAAUCCACGGCAGGUAUACAACCUUUCUAAUGGUGGACCUGGACCAGGACUGAGUUUCUUCAGAAAUUUGCAGGACUACAGGAUCUUGGUGUGCGGGGGAGAUGGCACAGUUGGCUGGAUUCUAGAUGCAAUAGACAAAGCCAAUCUGCUGGUACGGCCACCUGUCGCUGUGCUUCCUCUGGGCACAGGAAAUGACCUUGCACGAUGUCUCCGAUGGGGAGGAGGAUACGACGGUGAGGACCUGAGUCGUAUUCUUAAAGACAUCGAGGGGAGCUCUCAGGUGCUGAUGGACCGCUGGAGUGUGCAGGUCAUCACAGAUGAGAAUCAGGAGAAGGGUGACCCAGUGCCAUAUGAAAUCAUCAACAACUACUUCUCUAUUGGCGUUGAUGCUUCCAUUGCCCACCGGUUUCACACAAUGAGGGAGAAACAUCCCCAGAAAUUCAACAGCAGAAUGAAGAACAAGCUGUGGUAUUUCGAAUUUGCCACUUCAGAAACCAUCUCUGCUUCCUGCAAGAAACUGAACGAAAGCCUUACAAUCGAGUGCUCUGGUACUCCGCUGGAUCUUAGUGGCCUGUCUUUAGAAGGGGUUGCUGUCCUUAACAUUCCCAGCAUGCAUGGGGGCUCCAACUUAUGGGGUGAGACCAAAAAAGGGGACACUAAGGGACUGACGAGUCAGGAAGAGCCUAAGGUCAUCAUUGACCCAGAAAUCCUGAAAUUAACCUCCCAAGAUCUCAGUGACCGGCGGUUAGAGGUGGUCGGCCUUGAAGGAGCCAUGGAGAUGGGUCAGAUAUACACGGGCCUCAAGAGCGCUGUGAGGCUCGCUAAAACAUCACAGAUCACCAUCAAGACGAAGAAAGCAUUACCAAUGCAGAUAGAUGGAGAGCCGUGGAUGCAGCCUCCCUGCACGAUUUACAUCACACACAAGAAUCAAGCCAAUAUGUUGAUGGCUCCACAGGCCAAAUCAUCUGGUUUUUUCAACUACAAAUAAAACGGACUUCUACUAGUUUAUUGUAUAUAGAGAACUGACACUUAUGCAUGUCUGUAACACAUAACCGAAGCAUAGCACUGUAUGAAUACAAGAAGGAGAGAUAUGUUUUCAUAAUGACAAAAUGAUUUUGACCAAAUUUAUUGAUUUAUGUUUUUAUCAAUACUCAUCACUCUUGCUGCAUCUGUUGUAAUGCUUCACAGUAAGUGGAAGUGCUGCUCCGAAAGGAACUUAAAGUAAGGUUAAUGUAAAGGGAAUAUCAUACUAAAAGAAGACAAUUCAGCUUCAUGUGCCUUUAAAAUCUGUUCUCUAUGGUUAUGGCUUAGGUAGAGUACAUACAGAGUGUUCAUAGGCAUGCUUGUUGGACAUAAACCAUGUAGUAUUGCUGUUUUUUUUGUGUGUGGUUGUAAAGAUGCUGUAUGAUACAUGUUCUUGUCAAGUUGGAACCAAAAACGAAGGAUAGAUGAGAUUACAUUUCAGAUUGUAGAUGUAAUUAAACUUUUUAUUUCUUACAUUUCAGAAGAUACUUGAAAGUGUUUUGGGGAACAGUAAUAGGACAAUCAUUGCCUAAAGGGUUGCUCGUUGAUCCACUGCAGCGGUCAGCCCACUCUGCUGUUCCUGUGUGUGUGUGUGUGUGUGUGUGUGUGUGUGUGUGUGUGUGUGUGUGUGUGUAUGUGAGGACAGAAAGCCUUUUGCUGUACUUAUUUAGCGUAGAACGCUGUGAUAUGUUCACUUCUAAUUUGGUUCAGGUCGGUUUAAACAUAUGUAAUUCUUAUUUAAUUGCUUUAUCAAUUAUAUCAUUUCAUGUGAAAGAUGUUAAUGUAAUAUGCCUAUGCCAGUGUAAAGAUUUUAAUAAACCAUCUGGACCAAAGUG